AGCAACAGCAGCAUCAUGUCCAGCAGCAUGUCUUACAGCAGGUCAGUGAGGUCAUCCGUGGGAAGCUCCGGCAGCUCCAUGGUCGGGCUCGGCGGCGGCAGGCUGAUGUCCGGCAGCGUGUACGGUGGAUCUGGAGGCCAAGGCGUCCGCAUCUCCUCUGCUGGGGGGGGCAGCAGCUACUCCUCCAUGAGCUACGGCGCGUCCGGCAUGGACAGCAACACCAUCGGUAACGAGAAGUUCGCCAUGCAGAACCUGAACGACCGUCUGGCCACGUACCUGAACAAGGUUCACAUGCUGGAGAAGGCCAACGCCGAGCUGGAGCUGAAGAUCCGACAGUUUGUGGAGAGCAAGGUCGGUCCGUCCACCAGAGACUACAGCGCCUUCUUCAGCACCAUCGCUGACAUCACAGCCAAGAUUCAGGGUGCCAUCAGAGUGAACGGCGCCGUCCACCUCAGCAUCGACAACGCGCGGCUGGCAGCCGACGACUUCAGGACCAAGUACGAGAACGAGCUGGCCAUGCGUCAGUCAGUGGAAGCCGACAUCGCCGGACUGAAGAGAGUUCUGGAAGAGAUGAACCUGGCCAAGGCUGACCUGAGUCUGCAGAUCGAAGGCCUGAAGGAGGAGCUGCUCUACCUCAAGAAGAACCACGAGGAGGAGCUGCUGGCCAUGCGGGCUCAGAUGAGCGGUCAGGUGAACGUGGAGGUGGACGCGGCUCCAGCUCAGGACCUGACAAAGGUCAUGGCAGAGAUCAGAGAACACUACGAGGCCAUUUCGGCCAAGAACCAACGGGAGCUGGAGGCGUGGUUUCAGACCAAGACGGAGACUCUGACUAAGGAGGUCACCAAUCAGACGGUUUCGCUGCAGACGUCACGCUCAGAGGUCACAGAGGUCAAACGGACGUUGCAGUCACUGCAGAUCGAGCUGCAGUCCAUGUUAGGCAUGAAAGCGUCACUGGAAGCUUCUCUGGCUGAGACACAGAACCGCUAUGCCAUGCAGCUCUCUGGAUACCAGAUGCAGGUGUCGUCUCUGGAGGAGCAGCUGGUGCAGCUGAGGGCUGACCUGGAGAGACAGGGACAAGAGUACAAGAUGCUGCUGGACAUCAAGACCAGACUGGAGCUGGAGAUCGCCGAGUACAGGAGGCUGCUGGACGGAGAGAGCAUCAGCACCUCCUCCACGACCAAGACCACCACCAAGCGGGUGGUGGUGGUGGAAGAGGUGGUCGAUGGGACGGUGGUGUCCUCAAAGACGUCCACGUCCUCUUCCUACCUGAACCGGUGAGCUCAGGACCAAAGGCAGACUCCGCCUCCAUCAUGUGUUCACAGCAGCAUGUGACCAAUAAAAAGAGCGAGUCCAUGAAAACACACAA